UAGCUCCUCCGUCUCUCAAGUAACUACGAGUUUUACUUUCUCGAGUCGGGGGAAAGGAGCUAAGAGUCUAACAUUCCAAGCUUCUCAAAUCAGAUCUGACGUCAAAUUCUAUCACGAUUUUGAAUCUUUUUUCUUCUCUUAAACUCGGUUAUAAUUUAUUAUGUCAAUCCGAUCUUUGAGAAAUUGAACAAAAAACCCCAACUUAAUUUUCUGUAAUUUGUAAGAUCCGGUGGAGAUCAGGUCGAUGUUGAAUUUGUUGGUGAUUAUAGGAUUUUGAAUAAGAUUUUAAUUUAUGGUCGUUGCUGGGUCGAAUUGGUUUGAGGGAAAUAAUUGUGAGGGUAUUGAGGAAACCCUAGGUGAGAUGGGGAAGGAUGAGACUAAGGUCGAAGACGUAGAAGAAGGUGAAAUUUCUGAUGGAGUUUCGGUGGAGGAGAUCACCGAGGAAAAUCUAAAAAAGCAGGAGAAUGCUACCGCGACGACGAAGGUCUCGUCGAAACCAAAAGCCGGAGCUAGGGUUUGGACGAUGCAGGAUCUGUAUAAAUACCAGGUCUCUCGUGGCUAUGGUUCGAGCUUGUAUAAUCUGGCGUGGGCACAGGCCGUGCAGAAUAAGCCUCUGAAUGAGAUUUUCGUGAUGGGGGCGGAGGUUGACCUGGACGAGAAAUCGAAGCGAUCGUCGGCUCCGCCAAAUUCUAACGCAAAGGAAGUUGAUGAAGUUAUGGUCGAUAAUGAUAGUAAGGACGAGAUGGAUGCUAAAGUUGUGGAUGUGGGGAAAGAGGAAGGGGAAUUGGAGGAAGGUGAGAUUGAUUUGGAUUCAGAGCCGAUCGAAAAGGAGGUCGAGUCUGAGGAAAUUAAAGAAGAAGCAGUUUUGGGCAGAGAGGGUGUGAAUGUUGAGAACUCGGAGAUUGUUUUGGAGAAGCGAGUGACUUGGAUUCGGGAAACUCUGGAGAGUGCAACUGUGAUCGAGGCAGAGACAUCAUUUGGGGAAGUUUGCUCCCGAGUGCACAGCACUAUGGAGAGCUUGCGAGAAGUGUUGUCAGAAAGUAGUGUUCCCACAAAGGAUGCUCUUGUUCAAUUGUUGUUCACUGCGAUUAAGGCAGUCAAUUCGGUGUUCUCUUCCAUGAACAGAAACCGAAAGGAGCAGAAUAAAGAAAAUGUGUUGAGGGUCAUUUCUGAUGUCAAGUUCGGUAAUCCCCCUCUUUUCUCCUCUGAGCAGAUGAAAGAGAUAGAGGUCAUGAGGUCCUCUGUGGAUUCUGUUGAUGCUUUAUUGAGUACGAUAGAUGGUGUUAAAAGGAAAGAAAUGGCGGCAAUUGAUGCGGCUAAUAAUAAGGAUUUUGAUGCUUCAACCACAAGUGAUGGUCGCGAAUUGACUUCUAACAAGUUAUCUUCAGAUUCUAUCGCUGUUGGAUCCUUGGUUCUUAGUAACGCAAAUAUUCUACCUGAAGUUUUGAAACCAGGAGUUUCUAGUUUUAAGAGUAGAGCAAUUCUGCUCCCGCUGUUAGACCUUCACAAAGAUCAUGAUAUAGACAGUCUCCCCUCUCCCACACGGGAAGCACCAUCGUCUUUCCCUGUACACAACAUAAUGGAUAUUGGAGACGGGAUGGCUAGACCAGUGUUGCCCACUGCUAAGGUGGCGCAUGACACAGAAAAUUCAAAAUUGCAUAUUUAUGAAACUGAUGCACUCAAAGCUUUUUCUACCUAUCAACAAAAGUUUGGUCAAAAUUCCUUGUUUACAAGUGAUCUCCCUAGCCCGACCCCUUCAGAAGAAUUUGAUGAUGGGGAUGGUGACACUAGUGGGGAGGUUUCUAGUUCUUCUACCAUUGGCAAUAUAAGAAAUGUUAAUCCACCCUUUUUGUGGGGACCACCAGGUACUCCCUCCAUGGACAGUUCUAGCAUGGAUGGACCAAUUACUACUAAAAACAGCACGCCUAUAACUUUUGGGUCCAAUAGCAUAGUGAAAGCUUCAGCAAAGAGCAGAGACCCAAGGCUUCGCUUAGCCAAUUAUGAUUCCAAUGCUUUAUAUUUUAACCAACACCCCUUAUCAUCGGUGCAUGACACACCCAAGGUGGAACCCGUUGGAACGAUAAGCUCAAAAAAGCAAAAAGCUCUUGAGGAGCCUACCUUGGAAGGCCACGCACUGAAAAGGCAAAGGAAUGGAUUGGAAAAUUCUGGGGUUGUCCGGGAUAUGAAAAAUGUGUCUGGAAGUGGUGGCUGGUUGGAUGACACUAAAACGGUUGGGUCUCAGUUAAUGAACAGAAACCAGUUGAUGGAGACUGCAGAAACUGAUCCCAGGAAAAUGGCUGAGAUUGUAAGUUGUUCUGGCAUUAGUUGUGCUAACGCUAAUGCAACAAUUAGUGGAAAUGAGCAGGUGUCUGUGACUGGUACCAGUGCCGCAGCUUCCUUGCCUGCGUUAUUGAAAGAUAUUGCUGUGAAUCCAACUGUGCUGCUAAAUAUACUUAAGAUGGGACAACAGCAGAGUUUAGAAGCAGAUGUCCAGCAAAAGUCUGCUGAUCCUGCAAAAAGUACAACACAACCUCCGAGCUCAAACUCAAUACUGGGAACAGCUCCCAUGGUGAAUGUUGCUCCAUCAAAGGUCUUGGGGCUUUUGCAGAAACAGGCAGCAACACUUAAGGUUCCUUCACAAAUUGUUCCCAUGCACCUGCAGGAGGACUUGGGUAAAAUUCGCAUGAAACCCCGUGACCCUCGCCGGAUCCUCCAUGAUAAUACACUUCAAAAGAAUCCAAGCUUGGGAUAUGAGCAGCCCAAAAUUACUGUACCCCUUGCGUCAAGCACCCAAAAGCAAGAGGGUCAGGUCGAUACAAAGUCAACACCUUUUCAAUCAGUAACGCAACCUGACAUUGCUCGGCAGUUCACCAAGAAUCUGAAAAAUAUUGCUGAUUUUAUAUCUGUUUCCCUAGCAUCGACAACUCUACCAAUAAUUUCUCACAGCAUAUCUUGUGGAGCAGUGCAAGGUAAACCAGAAAAAGUGGAUAUGAAAACUGUAGCUUCAAAUUCUGAGGACCAGCGCUCUGGGACAAGUCCAGCACCUGAGAUAGGUGUAGCAAUGGCCUCUCGUCCAGAAAACAUGUGGGGAGAUGUUGAGCAUUUAUUUGAAGGAUAUGACGACCAACAAAAAGCUGCUAUCCAGAGAGAGAGGGCAAGGAGGAUAGAAGAACAGAAGAAAAUGUUUUCUGCACACAAGCUCUGCCUUGUAUUGGAUUUAGAUCACACACUUCUCAAUUCAGCUAAGUUUGGGGAAGUAGAUCCAAUUCAUGAUGAGAUAUUGAGGAAAAAAGAGGAACAGGAUCGCGAAAAACAGCAGAGGCACCUCUUCCGCUUUCCUCAUAUGGGAAUGUGGACCAAACUACGACCUGGUAUUUGGAAUUUUUUGGAGAAGGCUAGUAAGCUUUAUGAGCUGCAUCUAUACACUAUGGGGAACAAACUGUAUGCUACAGAGAUGGCAAAAGUUCUUGAUCCCAAAGGGGUUCUGUUUGCGGGACGAGUUAUCUCUAGGGGUGAUGAUGGUGAUCUUUUUGAUGGUGAUGAGAGAGUUCCAAAGAGUAAGGAUCUGGAAGGGGUUCUGGGUAUGGAAUCAGCUGUUGUAAUUAUAGAUGAUUCUGUGAGGGUUUGGCCGCAUAACAAACUGAAUUUGAUAGUUGUAGAAAGGUAUACAUACUUUCCCUGCAGUAGACGCCAAUUUGGGCUUCCAGGUCCUUCUCUGCUUGAGAUUGACCAUGAUGAGAGACCCGAAGAUGGAACUUUGGCAUCCUCUUCGGCGGUUAUUGAGAGAUUACAUCAAAACUUUUUCUCACAUCAAUCCUUGGAUGAAGUUGAUGUCAGAAAUAUACUGGCUGCGGAACAGCGGAAGAUUUUGGGUGGCUGUAGUAUAGUAUUUAGCAGGGUGUUUCCAGUUGGCGAAGCCAAUCCUCAUCUACAUCCAUUGUGGCAGACAGCUGAACAGUUUGGUGCGGUGUGCACCAAUCAAAUUGAUGAACAGGUGACUCAUGUUGUUGCCAAUUCACUUGGGACUGAUAAGGUGAAUUGGGCUCUUUCUACAGGAAGAUUUGUUGUAUAUCCAGGCUGGGUGGAAGCAUCAGCGUUGCUUUACCGAAGGGCAAAUGAGCGAGAUUUUGCCAUUAAAUCGUAAAACAAUCUCCUCCCAUUGGUAAACUUAGAAACCAACAAACAUAAAAUCCAAAAUCGCACUAUGCUUCUGGACGGGUCAUGAGUUCGUGCUGGAUAGGAUCGGCAAGACCUAAGAAUGCUAGACAUUAUUUUCAAUUCAUGUUACCCAUCCAGUAUAGCUGGGGGGAGAGUUCAGUGAAAGCAUACAUAAGAUUUGAAACAGGCUGGAGAUCUAGGAUUUUUCAAUAUUUGGGUGGUUUACAUAUUUUAGGCGAAAAGAGUAUUUUGAGCCGAGUGGUAAUAGUUGACCAAAGAUGAAUGGGAGGGUUUUGGCUGUGACUGAAAUUUCCCAAUGCGGCAAGGUUUUGGACAAUAUGGAUUGCCGUUGAGACCUUGGCUAGUCCCAUGAAUCAAUGCAUCGGCCUCCUAGGGACAUCCAGAAAAUAUCAAACGGAAGUUAAAAUGGUUAAGAAA